AUGCAGUCCACCUCUCCAAACGUGCUCACAAAGUUCGAGUCGAAGUCAUCUAGAGCAAAGGGCCUUGCCUUUCACCCAAAAAGAAGACCAUGGCUCUUGGUUGCCCUUCACUCGUCGACUAUCCAAUUGUGGGAUUACCGCAUGGGAACAUUGAUUGACCGGUUUGAAGAACACGAUGGCCCCGUUCGAGGUGUCGAUUUCCACAAAACCCAGCCCUUGUUCGUCUCUGCAGGUGAUGAUUAUAAGAUUAAGGUCUGGUCAUUGCAGAGCAGGAGGUGCUUGUUUACUCUCAAUGGCCAUCUAGACUAUGUUCGAACGGUCUUCUUCCAUCACGAGCUUCCAUGGAUCAUCUCCAGUUCGGAUGAUCAGACCAUUCGUAUUUGGAACUGGCAAAACCGGUCUUUAAUUUGUACCAUGACCGGACACAAUCACUAUACUAUGUGUGCACAGUUCCAUCCAAAAGAUGAUCUCGUCGUCUCCGCCUCCCUGGAUCAGACAGUGCGUGUCUGGGAUAUCUCUGGGCUUCGUAAGAAACAUUCUGCUCCGUCCAGUACGAUGGCAUUCGAAGAGCAAAUGGCUCGUUCGAACCCAGCUCAAGCAGACAUGUUCGGGAACACCGAUGCAGUCGUCAAGUUUGUUUUGGAGGGUCACGACCGUGGUGUGAAUUGGGUUGCAUUCCAUCCUACUCUGCCCCUGAUUGUUUCUGCUGGCGAUGAUCGCCUUAUUAAACUGUGGAGGAUGAGUGAAACGAAGGCAUGGGAAGUAGAUACAUGCCGUGGCCAUUUCCAGAACGCUUCUGCCUGUAUUUUCCACCCGCACCAGGAUUUGAUUCUCUCCGCCGGUGAAGAUAAAACUAUCCGAGUCUGGGACUUAAAUAAGAGAACUGCAGUUCAGUCAUUCAAGCGGGAUGCAGACCGCUUCUGGAUGAUUGCGGCUCACCCAGAGAUUAAUUUGUUUGCUGCAGGACAUGACACCGGUGUCAUGGUUUUCAAGCUUGAGCGGGAGCGUCCAGCCUCUGCUUUAUACCAGAAUCAAGUUUUCUACAUAACUAAGGACAAGCUCCUCCGUUCUUAUGACUUUACGAAAAACGCCGAGUCCCCGGCCAUGCUGUCUCUCAAGAAGCUUGGAAGCCCCUGGGUACCCGCUAGAACUUUAUCGUACAACCCAGCUGAACGUGCCAUAUUGGUUACCUCUCCUACCGAUAACGGCACUUACGAACUGAUUCACAUCCCACGGGACUCCACUGGUGCAGUAGAACCAACUGAUGUGAAGCGCGGACAUGGAAAUUCUGCAGUUUUCGUUGCCCGCAACAGAUUUGCCAUCUUCACUCAGUCCACACAACAAAUAGAUAUCAAGGAUCUAAGCAACUCCACCACCAAAACGAUAAAGGCUCCUCAUGGCACUACCGACAUCCACUUCGGCGGAACUAGCUGCCUCCUGCUUCUUACACCAACUUCUGUGGUUCUCCUUGAUAUCCAACAGAAGAAACAGCUCGCAGAAUUGAGCGUCAGCGGUGUGAAGUAUGUAGUGUGGUCAAAUGAUGGGCUCUACGUUGCUCUAUUAAGCAAGCACAAUGUCACAAUUGCCACAAAAACCUUGGAGCAUGUCAGCACCCUCCAUGAAACUAUUCGAAUCAAGAGUGCUUGCUGGGAUGAUAGUGGUGUGCUUCUCUAUUCUACUCUUAAUCACGUCAAGUAUUCCCUUCUCAACGGUGACAAUGGUAUUGUUUGCACUUUAGACCAGACUCUAUAUCUAGUUCGCGUUAAAGCUAGAAAGGUAUACUGCCUGGACAGGACUGCGAAACCAACUGUUCUCGCAAUCGAUCCAACUGAGUAUCGUUUCAAACUUUCCUUGGUGAAAAGGAAUUACGAGGAGAUGCUUCAAAUCAUCAAGACAUCCAGUCUUGUUGGGCAAAGUAUAAUCUCGUAUCUACAAAAGAAAGGAUACCCUGAGAUUGCUCUUCAAUUUGUUCAAGACCCUCAGACUAGAUUUGAACUUGCUUUAGAGUGCGGCAACAUCGACGUUGCAAUCGAAAUGGCCAAAACCCUUGACCGCCCCAAGCUCUGGGCUCGACUCGGGACUGAAGCCCUAGCACAUGGUAACAAUCAAACGGUGGAAAUGACCUACCAGAGGCAACGGAAUUUUGAUAAAUUGUCAUUCCUCUACCUCGCCACAGGCGAUCAGGAGAAGCUCUCUCGUAUGGCAAAGAUCGCCCAGCACCGAGGUGAUUUCACUUCGCAGUUCCAAAACGCCCUUUAUCUCGACGAUGUUGAAGCUAGGAUACAGUUGUUCAAGGAAAUUGAUCUUUUGCCAUUGGCGUACCUCACCGCCAAAAGCCAUGGAUUUGUGGAAGAGGCCCAGUCUAUCCUUGAAAUUAGUGGGCUUUCUGAGGACCAAAUAAGUCUUCCUACUCUAGGCGAACCAAAACCAGCUCCUAAUGUCGUGGUCCAGACAUUUAAAUCCAACUGGCCUGUAAAGGCUCCUUCUCAUUCAUCCUUUGAGAAGGCCCUCCUGGGUGAAGUUGGGGGAGCUGAUGAUGAAGGCACCAACGGCCUUGACGACCUAGAUGGCGAACGCGAGCUUGGCGGCGCCGAGGCUGGGCUAGGCGAUGAGCAAGAGGAGGAGGAUGUUGCUGGGUGGGACAUGGGAGAUGAUAUCCAAAUUGAAGAGGAGACCGACCUUCUUGGCACCGAAAACGUGGAAAGUGGUCCGUCCAGCAGUGAAGCUGAAUUAUGGUCUCGCAAUUCACCGCUUGCAGCCGACCAUGUUGCAGCCGGCUCAUUCGAGUCAGCAAUGCAGCUCUUAAAUCGUCAAGUUGGCGCCGUGAACUUUGAGCCUUUGAAAUCACGUUUCCUUGAGGUCUACCAAGCCUCCAAAACUUACCUCCCAGCAACGCCUGCUCUUCCCCCGAUAAUAAACUAUGUUCGCCGUACCGUUGAUGAAACUGACCCCCGCCGGCUACUUCCAAUUAUCCCCCGAAGUCUAGAGACCAUUGCCAGUGUCGAUUUGCAGGAGGGUUAUGCUGCCAUGCGAUCGAACAAGCUUCAAGAUGGAAUCAUAAUUUUCCAGCGUAUACUACAUUCCCUUCUCGUCAACACUGUCUCAUCAGAGGCGCAUGUUGCUGAGGCUAAGAAAAUCAUCUCCACGGCGAGGGAGUAUAUACUGGCCAUGUCGAUGGAGCUCGAACGACGAGCCUUACCAACUGAUACACCUGAAAAUCUUAAGAGAAGCCUCGAGCUGUCUGCCUACUUUACCAUUCCAAAGCUUGAAGUUGCUCACCGACAGCUGGCGCUCAUGGCAGCAAUGAAAUUUGCUUAUACCAACCAAAAUUUCUCCUCUGCCCUCAGUUUCGCCAACAGGAUGAUUGCAAACGGUGGUUCAGCCAAGCUCCUUGAUCAGGCAAAGAAGAUAAAGGCUCAGUGUGAACGAAACCCACAAGAUGCUAUUGAGAUUGAAUUUGACCAAUUUGCGGAAUUUGACAUUUGCGCUGCCUCGCAUACUCCGAUCUAUAGUGGCUCUCCGAGCGUGUCAUGCCCCUACACUGGAACCAAGUAUCAUGAACAGUACAAGGGUUCCGUUUGCACAAUUUGUCAAGUUUCGGCGGUUGGUGCUCCUGCAAGUGGGUUGCGAUUAUACGUUCCAGGACAGCACUAG